AAAGAGAAUCCUCCGUCUUCUGCGCGCUCAGAUGGUUGUGCAGCCACGACUGGCACAUCCAAAGUCAACAACGAAGCGGCGCCUGCACCAGUAGACAAGUUCAAGCAUUUAUCGCUGGGAACACCACAUCGCAAACGCUCGUUUAUGCGAGGUAGACACGAUGACAGUCCUACUCACCUGUCGGCUCCUCCGAUUGCACGGAAGCCUAGCACAGAAACAGAAAGAUCCCUAUACGGUUCUAUGAGGCGUCCACAUCAUGAUGAAAAGUUGAAGGUGGAGCCAAUUGACGUGGAUGAGCUGAAAAAAGACAAGGUUUUUGCAAAGCUCCUGAAAAGGUUCCAGAAAGAUAGUGAGGAAUUGAAGAAGAAACAUCAGAAGCAGCGGGACAGCAUUCAGAAACAACAGGUAGGCGAUCACGUUAUUGAGCUGAUGUUCAGCUUACUUUUCUGGGUUGUUGUUUUACCUGUUCCCAUGAACAUAUCG